CUGUGAUUCUGACAAUCAACAGGUCGGUGUUAGAGUUUAGAUACUGCUGUUUGUUAGACUACAAGUGCUAGCCCGAGUUGUGGUAGCAUACUUCCACACUAUGUGUAUGACUUUCAAACGUAUCCUGCUGAGUAACGUAUUAGCCAGCUCAGCUUUGAUUUAAAUCCUGUGCUAAUUAGCAGUAAGUUAGCAGGGCUACUUCGUUCCACCGAGGUUAGCCAGGGGCCGCUGCUCUGUCCCCGGAGGAGCAGGACACAUGUCCAUGAGUUAAAGUCUCCUGUAGAUCAGCCGCGGUGUCUCAGCCUGUCGGGCUCGGCUCUGCUGCGAGUCCUGUUUAAAUGUGGCGGUUUGCGUCGGUUGCGAAGUGACGACGUGGGAGGCGCAGCACGGAGGCAGCCGAAGGAGCAGCAGACGCGGAAGAGGACGACUUGUGAGGGAUGGGACAGCCACCCGCGGUGAUCCUCCAGCCCCAGAUGAGUGGCAGGUAGUGGAGGUGCUGAGGCAGUGUUGUGCUGCUGUGCACGAUGAAGAAGAUAUUCAGCUUCACCAAGAAAAAGAAACACCCGUCCGGUACCCCUGACAGCGGCAGUGUGCUUUCCCUUGGCUAUGAACUGAAAGAGAAGGACCUGGGGAAGGUUCACAAGGCUGCCUGGACGGGCGACGUGGCAAAACUGAGGCAGCUUGCGAAAAAGAACGAUGUCAAUCAACUUGACAAGGAGAACAGAACUGCACUACAUAUCGCCUGUGCCAGUGGACAUGUGGAGGUGGUGCAAUUCCUUGUCGAAAGCAAAGCCAAGCUCAACCUAUGUGACAAUCAAAAUAGAUCUGCCUUAAUGAAGGCAGUGCAGGGCCAGCAUGAGCGAUGUGUGAGCAUGCUGCUGGAGAAUCAUGCCGACCCGAACCUGGUGGACAUCAACGGCAAUACAGCCCUGCAUUUAUCAGCAAACAUCCCAUCCAUCUCCCUCGCAAUUCUGCUGCUGCAGCAUGAGGCUAACAUCAACGCCCCAAACAAGGAAGGAUUUACCCCCUUGACUGUGGCAGUCCGCGAGGACCAUAUUGAGAUGGCUGAGUUUCUCCUCAACGAGAGUGCUGAUGUGAAUUUGCUGGACCAAGACCAAAGGUCCCCAUUAAUGAUAGCUGCUGGCAAUGGACAAAUCGUUAUGUUGCGACUCCUCUUGCGGUUCAACGCAAAUACAACACUAAAGGAUACCAAAGGAUGGUCAGCUGAUGACUACGCAGGAAUGAAUGGGCACCAUCCUUGUUCCCACCUGAUCAUUGAGCAUGGCACCCAGAGGAGCGAUGGCCCUUCCCUGUCACACCAAGCACCGGGCAAGAAGAAGAAGAAAAGGGCGUCUGGCAGUCCUUUCCAAGAUGUGGAAGCAGGCUUCUCUCUGGGAGGGCCAGCCACUGACAAAGAUGGUUUUGAAGACAAUUCUCAGUCAGAGUCACUAAGUCGGGUUUCAAAAAGUGCCUCUGAUGAAUGGCCUUCAUCUGAAGAUGAUGACGAAUUGGUUUUAGACAAAAAGAAACCACAAAAAGUAAACCUAAGCAGAAUGAUUGCAUCUAAAAAGGGCGAAGCUUCUGCACUGCUUGACAGAUCCUUGAGCGGUACAGAAUCUGAUCCAGAGAGCGAAAGUAGAGUCCAGAGAAUCCCAUCCCUCCCAAAAACCUUACCAUCCAGCAACUCUCUGCAGAAACCUGUAGAUCCCACUCCCAUUUCCUUCCUUUCGAAAGCACCCAAGACGACUUCCACCCCUCUUCCUAGCUACAGAGAGAACGAAGAGUCCACUGAUGAUGAGGAUGAUGAUAAUGACGACAAAGAGCAGGUGGGAGAUGAUGAGGAGGAGGAUGAGGAGGAAGGAGAAAUGUCAGAUGAAAACGAUCAGCCUGGUGAGAGUGGAGAGUCUGUUGGUGCAGCUUCAACUGUUCCAGAGACAGAAAAAGAUAAGAAAAGAGAUUUCCUCUCUGAGCUGGGUCUAGAGAAGGGAGAAGAAGAGCACGAUUCUUGGGACUCUGAGUCCCGUUCUGAAGACACCAAUAUGCCACAUGUGGAGAAACAAAGCUUGCCUACUCAGGAUCAAGAAGAGACGUCCACUGCUGAAGGAGCAAAUAAAGAGAUUGCAAACGAUGAUAUUGGGAAAGAACAUGAUGCUAAAGAGGAAAUUACACAGAAAGAGAGUGAAAAGCCAAAAUGGGAACCACUUAGUGUUCUGAGCAAACUUGAAGGAAAUAAUGGCAGAAAGACAGACUUGAUGGAAGAGCUUGGUGUGGGUGACGUUGAUGAUCUUGAAGAUGCAUCUGACUGGGACUCAGCCAGUACGGCAAGCAAGAGAACACUGCCAGGUCGUAAAAUGGCCUCCCCUGGCCUCGAUGAGUUCCUGGAAUGCACCCAUCCAGCUUUGAAGGAGCAAGAUGAAGAUGUUACUGCGGCAGCGCCCCCACCACCACAGAGGAGCAUCAGCCUUACACCCCAGCGACUCUUACCCCAUCCUCAACCUCGGGCAAGGAAGAUGGUGCCUCAGAAACCAGAAAGUGAAGAAGAAUCAGAUUGGGAACCAGAAGAUGUAGCACCUUCUGCUUCUACCAUCACGGACAAAAUUGACAAUCAGUGGCAAUACACAUCUGAACAUCAGGCAGUAGUUAAACCAGGUUCUCCUGAAGUUUCAUCAAUGGCAAGAGACAGACAAACAGAUAAAGAGCUGGACGGGCCUCAGCACAAGGUUGGGAAAGAGAUGACAAAGACUGUAGCGGAGGUGCAAAAAUCCAGUGCUUCCAGGGAUACUGGUGGAAUGACCCAGGAAGAGCCGGGUACUGAGAAACCGGAGAGCAGCACCAAUGAGGCACCACAGCAAUCACAUCUCCUGCUCCAGCAGAGCCACAGUAGCAACAAACAGGAGGGACAGGCUGUAGAAGAGACCUUAAAGCUGGAGCUGGUCAGAGGGGCCCGGCGCAGCAGAGCCCCUCAGACCAACACCCAUGUUAACGGAGAUCCUCUCUCUGUGUUUGACGAUAGCACUUUAAGUGACGUGUCGGACGAUGAAGGAAGGUUAACCAGCAGAAAACCAAAAAAUGAGAACACAGAAGAAGAGGAGUUGGCUGAAGACUUUGAUGAGCUCACUCAGUCGUCAGACACAGCCACUGACGACAUCGACUCUCCCACUUCAGGCUAUCGUCAUGCAUCUGUCCUCAUUCAGAAGCUUGACUCAGCUACUUUAGACUCGAGGAGCAUGGUGAAGCUGCAGAACAUUUUCCACGAAUAUGAGCGCUCCAUCCAAAAGGCAAGGAGUCGCCAUGGAUACCUGGCAGAGAAGGUGAGCCAGCUGGAAAUGGAGAGAGCCGAGUUGAAGAGCGCCCUCGAGGAAGUUAAAGAUUUUAAAUCUGCCUUGGAGCGAAAUCAGUUGGAACUGCAAACUGAAGUCACAAACCUCAAGUUUCAGCUGAAACAGGAGCAGGAAAAUCGCCGCAAUGCCACCAUGAUGUACAACACAACCAGAGAUAAGCUGAGGAGGACGGAGGAGCUGCAUCAGUUAGAGGUUCAGGAGAGACAGAAGGUAGAGCUGACUCUCAGGAACCUGGAGCUGGAGAUGAGAACACUGGUCAACAACAUGAAACAGCUUGAAGAGGACCACAGUGAGACCCAGAGACUGCUGGCUCAGGAGCGCAGUGCAAGGAUGCUGCAGAAGAACCUGCUCGACAGUCAUCUGCAUAAACAGCAGGAGAUAGAGGAGGAGAACAAGAGAAAUAGACGCAAAAGCAACGAGGCCUUGUCUCAGCUCACUGAAGCCAGUGACAGGGAGAGGGAGCUGCUUCAGCAGAACGCGACCUUCCAGGAGCAGCUGACCAACCUUAGAACUGACCUGGAGCGGUCGCAGGCCAACAGCAAUCUCAAAGAGAGCCACAUUUUGGAGGACAACGAAGCUCUCAAGGAGCAGCUAGAAGAUUUUCGACGAGAUCUCAAACUAAACAGGGACGCCCUGACCCAAACUGUCUACAACUGCAAUAACCAAGUGACCACCCUGAAGUCUGAGUUAGCUAUGAUCACAACCCGCCUGGAAAAUGAGCGGCAGACUCGGGAAACUCUGGAUGUAGAGUUGGAGUCUACUCGUACCCGACUGGCCGGGGCAGUAAAGGAGGCUGAGCGUUGCCUGGCAGCUCACGCAGACACAGAGAAAACUCUGCUCCGGGAGAAAGAGGAAAAUCUGCGUCUGAAAGACAAACUCACAGUUGAAGCAUCCUCUCAGCGUGAGACGGUCAGCUGCUUGUCCCAGAAGCUGGGAAAGGCAGAGGCUUCUACGAACAGCUUGGAGAAUGAAGUGCAUCGGGUCACUCUGCAGCUGACGGAGAAGGGCCUAUUGCUGGAUGUCCUACAGCGGGAGAAGGACCAGGCGACUGCACGUGCCAAGGAGCUAGAAGCGUCUCUCCAGUCCGAGAGGGAGUUGGCGAGCCGCUCCACAGCUCGCCAAGAGGCCACACAGGAGCGGCUAGCCCAAGCCCAAAGUGAGGGUAUGUUAAUGCGGCAACAGAUAGAGGAGGCCCAGAACAAAGGUGUCGCAAAGGACCGUGCUGUGACAGAUGCCCAAGAGCGCUUCAGCGACAUUUUGUCCAAGCUGCGCUCUGACAGCGAGGAGAGGGUACAACUAGUGGAGGAGAGAAAUAAGGAGCUGGCCAGUAAGGCUGCUGAUCUCCGAGAUCAGAUCUAUAAGUUGGAGGAAGAGAAGAAUGAAAGAGAGACAAACCUCAGGCAGCUGCAGCAGGAGCUCGCCGACUCACUCAAGAGGCUGUCGAUGAGCGAAGCCUCUCUGGAGGUCAACACGCGCUAUCGCAAUGACCUCGAGGAGGAGAAGACUCGGCUCCUAAAAGACAUUGACAGGCUAAAGAGAAAGUUGGAGGAGAGUGAAGACCACCACGUGCAGGCUGAGAAACGUAUUAACAGUCUGAAGAGCGGCCUCGAUGAAAGGGAAAAGGAGCUCACCACUGCUGCUCAGAAACUCCAGGAGGCGCUGUCGGCCUCAGCAGCCUCUGAUACCACCAUCAAACAGCUGGAGGAAGCUGUGCAGAGGCUAGAGAUAGACAAUGCCAGACUGGAGGCGGCAGCAAAGCAGCAGUCUAACAAAAUUGGAGUUCUUCAGAAAGGGGCUCAGGAAGCUGUCAUGCUAUCUGACUGCUCACCUGGAGAAGGGGUCAGAGGUCAUUUGGAGGAUUUGGUCACAAACCUCCAAAGCAGUAAGAUGACUUUGGAAGAUCAACUCAAUAGAGAGGUCCAGAAGCAAAGUGUUCUGUCUCACACAGCCCAGGACUCUCAGGUCUUGUGGGAGGAGGAGCUGAAGAGUCGUUCUAAAUUAGGACUGCGCCUGGCAGAGCUUGAAAAAGAAAAAGGAGAACUGAACACUCAGAUGGAAAUAGAGAAGAAGAAAGCCAAAAAGAUAGCAGAGCAGAAGAAGGCCGUAGACACUCGUCUGGACCAAGAGAUGAAGAGAAACACUGAGCUUCAAAAAGAAAUGUACAGGUUGCGUACACUAUUAAAGACUGCUAAGAAGAAACUGAGGGACAGCGGUGGAGCAGACUUUGCUUCUCCUAUGAGCAGCAUAAGGAUGGAGCUGGGCAGACACAGCCAGGCGGAGGGUGGACGAAUGAGAGAUAAGGUGGACGAUCUGCAGGGGCAGCUGGAGAAGGAAGCGUCUCGUCGCAGCCACCUGGAGACGGUGAACGGGGAGCUCAAGGAUCAGCUGGCCUCCCUGAAGAGCUUCAGCCACAGCACCGACCAGCUGGAGAAGAGCAAGAGGCAGCUCGAGGAGGAGGUGCUGGACCUGAGGCGACAAAUGGAAACGGCUCACAUGGAGCAGAGCCAGGUGGAGCAGUACCGCCGUGACGCGGAGGAGAGGGCCCGGCAAGAGAUCCAACAGAAACUGGAGCAGGUCAACCUCUUCCUGCAGUCCCAGGCAGCAUCCCAAGAAGCAUUAGAUCAGAUUAAAUCGGCCAAUGAGGUUAACCUGCGCUCUCAGCUGGAGCAGAAGAUCCGGGAGCUGGAUGGGGAACUGGGCCGCGCCCGCAACACCCAUCAAGACAGCCUUAAUCAAAAAGAGUCCACGCGCAACGAGCUCGAGCGAUACCGCCAGCUCUACUCCGAGGAGCUGCGCCUCAGCAAGUCCCUGGCUGCCAAACUAGAGAGGGCCAACAGUCGGCUCACUGAAGCCAAUUCCAAGCUGCUGAACGAGCGCAGCCGCUCUCUCAUCACCAGCAGCUUGGCAAACGGUAGCCUAGGAAGUCCCUCGCUGGACGUGGGCACUUUGGGUUCACCGGCAAACUACGGGGCCACACUGGGGUCCCUGAACAGAAGCCUGGGCCUGGGCCUGUCCCUCCUCAGCCCUGUGACUGAUGCACAGAACAGCAGGGUGGAGGACUAUCUGGCCAAGAUGCAGAGUGAGUUGGACAGAAACAUCUCAAAGGAAUUAAACAACGCCACAGCAGAGCUGGACGUCGCCUCUGCACAGUUGUCCCCGGUGAGCUCCGUCUCGAGGGGGGAGCUGGACCCCUUCAGCAGGGCCACACAGCAGUACUUGGAGGUACUGAAGAAGAACAACAUGAUCUGAACACACACAUCACAGCUGCUCAAAGUCUUCUUAUAUCAGCCAUUGAAGCCGCAUCUUUAAUGCCAGAGCCACAGCCUCGUCACGCAACUAUAACAAUCCAUCCUUGUAUCCUCUUUUAUGAAAGAAAUCAAAAAGAAUGCACAUUGCACUUAACCACUCAGGAAGGGCAUGAGUCAUAUAUAUAUAUAUAUAUACAUGUAUAUGAAAUAUAUGUGUGUUGCAUUAUUGAUGGGUACAAUUAGAGAGAACCUUGAAAGUAUUUGUUCCUUCUGACUAAUUCUGAUUCAUCUGUUGCUGUUUUGUUUGGAUUAGCAGAAAAGAUACUGUAUAUACAGAGCCGUGGUUUGGAUUUUUGUUUGUGAAUAUUGCUGUUGCUAAAUUCAAAUUUAUAAGUAUUUGAUGUAUGCAUCAUGAAUUUUCUUUUACCAAGAUAUUACAUUUGAUACGUGCCAUCAAAUGGUGCAAUAUCUGUCUUGGUGUUAUUAGAUUUGUUGGCGCAUGGUGUUGAUGAUUCUCUUAUUUAUUCUUUUUUUUUUUUUUAUGACCGUGAUAUACUUGAAUCAGACGAGCUGGAAAACUCUCCAGUUAUUGAAACAGGGUGACUCCGUUUGUACACUUGUCAUUUCAACUUUUGCUUGGUCUGUUUUCAGGGCUAUCAAAAGGGAAAUGCACUCAUUUUCAUCCCUGAAUAUUGUAAGACUAUACAUAUUGAUGAACAUUUAUGACGCCUGUACAUUACAGAAGACUCUAACGUUAUAAAUAAAACAGGAAAAACCCUGAA